AUGUCUCGAUUCUUAUACACUGGGGAUCCCUCGACACAUUGCUGUCUUCCAACAAAGACAACAUGUAUCAUUCUUUGUAUAUUAAUGUCUAUAUUGCAGUUUGGUGUAUUCAUAUUCUUGCCGCCAGCACCUCGAUACGCACUUGUCGCAGCUGCUCCUCUUGUUUUGAUAUUGACGUUGUUUAGCAUUUUGAGACCGGAUCCAACACUUCUUGUGGUCUCUUUAGUGUGUACAACGCUCCUACAAGUUCCCGGCAUUCUCGUAAUAGCUAAAGCAAUUAUAGGAAUAUCUUCUCAAGGUGAACACACAACCAUUCACUGUCAACCAUACUUCAGCAGCUAUCAGUGCUGGUUAUACGACUUAGAAAGCGUCUAUCUUUGGGGAGCAGUCAUCUUCUCUAUACUAUCGCUCCUCUUCUACACAUUUCUGGGGACCGGUCUCCAAAAGCUACGAAUCUUGCCUACAGGAGCUGUUACUGCAGUGAUAGUUAAUCAGCAACCGCUGAAAAUGGAGGCUUCAAAAAUUGCUUCCGAAGAUUGCGUAACCCAAAAACGCUCAGCAAAUACUCAAACUACCGGUGACUCUGAUGAACACAUUGCUCUCGUUACAGAUACUCUUUUCGUUGUGUCUUUCGUUCGACGUUGUUGA